UCGGGCGGACGGGGAUCCACCGGGGGAGGCGGGCGCUGGGGAGGAGGACUGCGGGGGAGGCGGACGCCGCACGUGGUUCCUUGUUUACCUCUUGCAGGCAACCUCAAGUAGCUCCAGGGGGAAAAAAAACCCGCGAUUGUGAAACAGCGCCUGAAAAUGACCGGUGACUGAUCGGAGUCGUCAUUUCUGCAUGUUUUCGCCCACAUAACAGAUAAAAGUCACUAAAAGGUUCCAGCAUGGAGAUCAAUCUGUCAGUUUUCAGCUAGCUUCCAAUCCCAGUUGGCAGAGCAGCACAGCAGACAGUAUGCACCAGCCACUAGCUAAACUGUCAACCGAACCAUCAACCCAACCACUAACAAAACCGUCAACCGAACCAGUAACCCAACCGUCAACCGAACCGUCAACCCAAAUGUCAACUCUAGUACCAACUCACCUGUCAACAGAACCGUCAGUUCAAUCAUCAACCCAAAGUCCAGCACAUCUCGCAAAUGGUUUUAAUGACCUUCUUGGAAAAAUAAGGAACAUUGGACUCAAAAGCGAGGAUGUGUUCUGCAAUUUGAGGAUUCCUAACCAGUUUCAGUCCGGCAAAGAUGAAAUCAGUUUGGUCAUUCUCACCGGUCGUGGGGUCUUCUGCAUCGACGUGAAGGACUGGAGAGGGGAAGUGACCCAGCAGAAGGAAAAGUGGCACGUUAAACUGGGAGAGGAGGACGCUUCCGUGCGUCAGUUUGCAGACCCCGUCCAGGCUAUUAAGGCUAAGGCCACCAACCUACGGAGCCACCUGCAGCGAGGUGCCGUGUCCCUGGACCCCGCCCACUUCAUACCCAGGGUGCUCCUGCUGUCCCCCGACUGCCUACUGAGCUCUCAGCUGCAGACCAGGAAGGAGGUGGUGACCCACGCCCAUCUGAACGCCUUCCUGCGCUCCUUCAGUGAGGACUUCAUGACGUGGGCUAUGGAUGCCUUCCUACCCUGCUGGAUGUCGGGGCAUCUGUCGUACAGGCAGCUGUGGGACGCCAGGGAGGUUCUCAGCAGGACGGGAACCUGGGACCAGGUCCGACUGCUGGACGGCCGUCAGCUGCAGGGCGACUACCGGGGAUGCCAGCACCUGGCUGUGCUCCGGCAGGAGACAGAAGAGCUGGAGUUCACUGGACCCGGCAUCCUGGCCAGCCUGCCGCUGUGGGAGACGCUGGGCUACACCCCACUGGUGGCGGUGACGAUGUACCGACGCGGAGUGCGGAGCUUGUUCUUCAGGCCCACUAGUGGCACCGCCAGCAUCCCCCAGUGCUCCCAUGUGGUGUUCCGCAUCGAAGGCGAGGAAGCAGACGGCCGCAUCCCCGUCGACCACAUCCACAGCAUCUCCCUCAGUGUCUGAGCCACGCCCCAUUCACCCCCCACCCCCCACCCUAUUCAGAACACAAAGUCCUUCCCUAACCAGUUUGGCACUGAGCUGCUUGCUGUUCAGUGGGUGCCUUUUACACACAAGCGUAGCCAAAGCUUACCAGAAGAAUACGUUUACCCAGGCACCUAAGCCUGAAUCAAUGCAUGCAUUUACAGAUAUUUAUCUACUGUCUUUGUCCAAAGUGACAUCAAAGUCAAGGUAUCUUCAUUGCCGUCUCUCUCUGUGAUGCAGGAGGGGUCAUAAAUUGGCAUGAAAUUAUAUUUCAUCAUAGUGAAAAUAAAUUAAUAUAAAUACAUAAGACUUACUAAGACAUGAGACACUGAUAUUGCAAGCAUGUAUGUAUUGAGUGGUUUUAUUAUCUUGCUAUAUUGAUGAGGAAUGUCUCCCAAAAUCACACUGAUGGCCAUAUGGCGUUUUACUGAGGGCUGCUUUAUUGAGGUUAAACAUGUGCACAUGUUCUACACAAAAAAACUAUCUUAGUCAACUACAAUUUUCAGUGACUGGUCACUUAAUCCUUAUCCCAUUACUGUGCAAAUUCAGGUUUUCCCAGCAUAAAUAGUGUGCUUUAUUUUCCUGGUUUACUCUUUGACAGGGAGGUAGACAUUUUUUGUUUGUUCGUUCGUUCGUUUGUUUGGGUGUGUAUUGUCAGCACAUCCAGUGUGGCCCCUGUCACUAGGAUGUCACUGUCCUUUGUGUGGGGCCUUAUCGUCCACAGACCUGAUACUGUUUUACUGGGAAGCUCUGACUUAUUUAAAAGUGUGUGUGUGUGUAUGUGUGUGUGCGGGCGCGUGUGUGUGGGCGCACUGGCGGAGACGUGGCGCUUUACGGCUUCCGCGGCCGCAUUUUCCGCCGGCCCCCACACAAUGGCCACUCAGAGGACUGCAUUAGCUGCUCACGGACUCCAUUUACAGGGGCUAAGAUGGUCUCAAAUGAAGUUAUUCCCAUCGGAACAUCAGUGCCUUCAGCUAUCUUGGGGAGGGAGAAAAAAGGCUCCUUUUUUUUUUAAUACCCCGAUCCGAUCUCCUCGGAAAGAGCGGCCCGUCUACCUGAAACCGAAUUAUAUUGUGCUCAAGCUCUUUUGUAUGAAUGUCUGUUUACAAAUCUGCCUCCGAAAUAUGGGUCUGAUGUCUGUAUUAGUGGUUCCAUUCCAGGGGCUCUCAGCAGACCCCUUAAUGAAAACAGCGCCGGCCCCCGGGGGUGACCGAAACCUCCAGGGGGCCGCCCUGUCGCUUCGCACCCUCUUUCUUUAUUCGGACGUCCGCCGCCACUACCCAGUGACUCGUCAUGGAGACGAAAAGACGGACAUCGUUCGCCUGACAGUAGGGAGAUACAGUUGUCCUACCUGGAUCGUUAAACCACUGCUGACUCAUGAUGGAAGUCACAUGUUGACUUCAAAAUGAGAAUCGCAAUCUUUGUCGCCACACAACCACGACUUGAGUUGGGACGGCUUGCUACUGUUAGAGACACCAUGACGAUAAGCAGCUAACGACAGACAAUUAGGGCAGAAUCCGGACAGCGAUUGGGUGUAUUAGGUGUGUUCUAGGGGGCUUCUAAGGUGUUCCUGCAGGGCUGUUGUCGUUCUGCCUGUAAUGGUUAUGUUUUGGGUAAAUGGUUAUGUUUUGAAAAAAUAGAACGGGAAAACGGGAAGAUUAUGUCUCAUGACAGUUGUGAUUCAGGGAUUCCUGGCUCCGGUGUAACUGCUAAAGAUAGUGUUUACAUGUUGGAUUUUUAGUUUUGUGUGUGUUUUUUUCAUGCCUACCCAGGAUGGGCCAUCACUCUGUCCUGACCUCAAGCCUUGAUCACUUUAUUUACACGCUGCUAAUCUGAGCUUGAACCAGCUACGUGCUGCAUUGUGUUGCUGGUAUGACUGUACUCAACGGUGUUUCAAUAAACCUGAAGGGCGACAGCUGGGAGAA